AUGGCGAUCACACCAGCUGCACCAGGCCUCGAGGUCACUAUCGAAGUCGACAACGUCGCACUGCCAGAACAUCAGUAUGAAGACGAGGACAUCACUAAUGCUGGCCACGAGGCCUUCGCGAACUCAGUCACGAAGUACCUCGAAGUGCCCUUGGGAGCCGAGUUCUCUAUACGCUGGCUGUUGAAGGAUGGGUUCCAUAACGCUUUCACGGUCUAUGCCGCCGUCGUGCUUCAGGCCUGCAUGCAGACCAGACCGGCUGUUGCCUACUCAUGCACUCGGACCCCACUCUUUUCUCAGCCUUAUUACUGCUUUCCUCCCUCGAUUUUGUGA